CCUAUUGUUACCUUGCCACGUGCGGGUCUGAAGUGGUUGAUUAGGUUUUGACCGUUUGUCCAUUAUACUAAAAAUCAUAUUUCCUAGAUCCGUUUGCUCUAUCGUGUUUAAGUUGUUACGGGAGCGCAACUGGAAAUGGUUAGCAUAAAUAAGGCAUCAUUAUUGCGGUUCUUGAAACAAAAUUUAUUAAUUACGCUUACUAUAAGCGGGGUAAUAAUCGGUGUAGCCCUAGGACUUGGUUUGCGAAACGUUGGUGAACAUGGAAGCGUCUGGACUCAGCGAAAUGUUAUGUAUGUUGAUUUCAUCGGCAAUCUGUUCCUGCGAGCGAUCAAGGCCAUAAUAUUACCACUAAUUGUUACGUCACUUGUCUCGGCGGUUGGAUCAAUGGAAAUGAGCCUAUCGAAGAAAAUUGGAGGCAUGUCCAUUGUGUACUACAUGACCACGACGGUCAUUGCGGUUUUGGAGGGCAUUGCUUUGGUGGUUACCAUCGAACCCGGAAAACGAUCAGGCGACGACCAAAUAUCGGAAAGUACUUCCAAAACUAACAUCACGACGGCGGACACAUUGCUGGACCUUAUACGGAACAUUAUCCCGCCGAAUUUGGUACAGGCCUGUAUCGAACAGUACCAAACCGUAUUAACACCUCCCGAAACAAAUCCCACUGAGACAGAUCUCAACAGGUGGGAUAUAAGUGGUCGUUACUUGGAUGGCACUAAUCUGAUUGGUAUCGUAACCGUCUCAAUCGUUUGUGGCGUUGCAUUGAGCGCUGUUAAACAGGAAGCGGAAAUUCUUCUUAAGUUUGUCCAGCAGCUCUCCCAUGCUGUUAUGAAGAUCACCGGUUGGAUUAUUUGGCUCUCGCCUAUUGGUGUCUUGUCGCUCAUUAUGGCGAAAUUCCUGGAGAUGGAUGACCUAGGGGUAGUGUUUAACCAACUUGGAAUGUAUUUCGCCGUGGUUAUAUUCGGUAUAAUAUUCCACGGAGUGGCUACGCUUCCGGCCAUAUAUUUCAUAUUUACUCGCAAAAAUCCAUACCCAUUUCUGGCAAACAUGAGCCAAGCAUUGGCAACAGCUUUUGGUGCGUCUUCCAGUUCGGCAGCGAUGCCAUUCACGCUGAAAUGUUUGGAGGAGAAAAACCACAUCGAUACUCGCAUAACGCGGUUCGUAAUACCGAUCGGUACUACCAUCAAUAUGGAUGGAACUGCGUUAUAUGAGGCUGUAGCCGCAAUAUUUAUAGCACAGAUGCGCGGAAUGGAUCUCUCGUUCAGUCAGGUCGUAGUAGUCGCCAUUACGGCAACUGCCGCCAGUAUCGGGACAGCUGCUGUUCCCCAAGGUGGUUUGGUGACGCUGGUAAUGGUUCUAGAUUCCAUCGGACUUCCCAGCGAAGACGUUUCGCUAAUCAUUGCGGUCGAUUGGCUAGUAAAUCGAUUCCGCGCUGCCGUAAAUGUACUAGGGGACUGUUUUGGAGCAGGCAUUGUAUCACACUACAACAGUAAAAACCUUCCAAGCUUGGACAUCAAUAAUGACAAAUCUCCAGAGAAUGUUGCAGUGUGUGAAAAUAAGGAAAUCUAA